AUGUACGCUCGGCAUGGUUUGUCGUUUUCGGAAGUUGAAGCGACUGUGAAUCCCACAUGUACCGGAACAUCAGUUUGUGCCUUGACGUAUGAUGGUGGUGUUGCUGUUAUGAGCGAUCGGCUUGUUUCAUAUGGUAAAAUGGCUCGAUACCGCCACAUUACUCGUCAAUAUCGUGUGAAUAACCGUGUCAUCAUUGCAUUCGGUGGUGAUCAUGCUGAUUUCCAGUGGUUGCAAAAUGUCAUCGAAAGACAGACAUGUGAGCUGAAAUCGCACGAUCCUAAUGCUGAUCUAAGUCCAAAAAUGUUGCAUGGUUUUCUGACAUCGUUACUUUAUUAUCGUCGUACACGAAUGAAUCCACUUUGGAAUACAUUGGUAGUUGCUGGAAUGCAACGUCAAAAUGAAGAACUUGAACCGUUCAUUGGUGUUAUCACUUCUAGAGGCGUAGCAUACCGAACAAAGAGUGUUGCGACCGGUAUGGGUGCCAUGCUGCUAAAUCAGGUCAUCGAGACAGAACAUCGGAAAAACGAUGGUAAACUGUCAAAAGAACAGGCUAUUGAUAUACUGCAUAAAAGUCUGGAAUUAACUAUUUACCAUGACUGCGUUGCUGACAACGAAUUUGAAAUUUCGACCGUUGACAAAGAUGGUGUUAAGCUAGGAGCACCGGAGUUUGUCACUGGAAACUGGGACAUUGCGGAAUACAAUUGUGACUAUCAGUGA